AUGGAACCUCCCAGAUCACUUUUCAAUGUUAAACACAUAAUACUAGUCCUAUCGGGGAAAGGGGGUGUGGGAAAGUCGUCAGUCACAACCCAAACAGCAUUAACGUUAAUAAAUAAAGGGUUUAACGUUGGGGUGUUGGAUAUUGAUUUGACUGGCCCUUCAUUACCUAGAAUGUUUGGAGUAGAGAAGAAACAAGUUUUGCAAUCUACUAAUGGUUGGGUCCCUGUAACUGUAUAUAAGGGGGAUGUAGAGGUUAAAGCGGGAGAUAAAGAAGCUAAAGAAGAAGAUAAAGAAGAAGAUAAAGAAGAAGAUACAGAAGAUAAAGAAUCUAUACCUAAGGGUAGUCUUUCUUUAAUGUCACUUGGAUUCCUUCUUGGUGAUAGAGGUAAUUCCGUCGUUUGGAGGGGCCCAAAGAAAACAGCUAUGAUCAGACAAUUUUUGAAAGACGUCUCGUGGAACGGAGGUAAACUUGAAACCCCCUUGGAUUAUUUGAUCAUCGAUACACCUCCAGGAACUUCAGAUGAGCAUAUUGCCAUAGCAGAAGAAUUAAGAUACGCUUCGCCUAUUGAUGGAGCUAUAAUAGUCACCACUCCUCAACAAGUAGCUACUGCUGAUGUACGUAAAGAAAUAAAUUUCUGUAGAAAGAUCGAAUUAGAUAUACUAGGAGUGGUAGAGAAUAUGAGUGGAUUCAUUUGUCCAUAUUGUUCAGAAUGUACUAACAUUUUUUCCAGUGGGGGUGGUAAAACCCUUUGUGAAACUCAAAACUUGGACUACUUAGGUAAUAUUCCUAUCGACCCAAAGUUUGUGGAAUUAAUAGAAAUGCAAAAUGAUGAGAAUAACUUGGUUGAUUUAUACGAAACGUCAGAGUUAAAACCUAUAAUGAAUGAUAUCAUUGACAAGAUUUUAGAUAAAAACUUACCUUCACGUAUAUAG